CGUACCCAUAUUGGCUUGAUCUACUUACUCUUUUAAACAUGGCAAGAAAGGACGAGAAGAAUGUCGAGAAGGGACAGGAGAAGAAGCCAAAAAACACAAAAUACACACGAGGAAUACCGGUUGCUUACUCUAACAUAAAAGACAAAAAGCUGAAAUCCAGAAUUAAAAAGACAGAAAGCAGAUUCCAAGAUGCAGCAGAAAAGGCUGAGAAGCUGGAAAUGAUUCUACCCGAGGAGGUCGGUUAUUUGGAAGCCGAAGGAAUGGAGAAGACGUAUAACUUCAGACAAGAGGAAUUGGCAAAGAACGUCGACAUCAACACUUCCAAGAAGAUCUUCAAUCUCGAUCUCAAAGACUUUGGUCCUUACUCUAUCGAUUAUACCCGUAACGGAAGAAACCUAUUGAUUGGAGGCAAAAAGGGUCAUAUUGCUGCGUUCGAUUGGCAAACUGGAAAGUUAGGCUUUGAAUUGCAUGUCAAGGAAACCGUUCGGGAUGUACACUGGCUACACAACGAGACACUACUAGCAGCAGCACAAAAGAAAUAUGUCUACAUUUACGAUAAUAGAGGAUUGGAAAUUCAUCGCUUGAAGAAUCAUAUCGAAGUCAACAAGUUGGACUUCCUUCCUUAUCACUACUUGCUUGCAUCAGUGGGUAAUGCAGGUUAUCUCAAAUAUCAAGAUACCUCAACUGGUCAGCUUGUUGCCGAGCACCGCACAAAGUUGGGUGCAUGCCAUGUUAUGGCUCAAAACCCUCACAACGCUGUCAUGCACUUGGGACACGGAAACGGCACUGUCACCUUAUGGUCGCCCAGCAUGACCACUCCUUUGGUGAAGAUGCUUUGCCAUAAGGGACCUGUGCAGGCUCUGGCAGUGGAUCGUGGCGGUAAUUAUAUGGCAACCUCUGGGUUGGAUGGCCAACUCAAGAUCUGGGAUAUAAGGAAGUACGGAGUUGUACAAGAAUACUACACUCCCACUCCAGCUUCUUCUCUCUCAAUAUCACAGAUGGGACUUUUGGCCGUUGGUUGGGGUCCUCAUGUUUCGAUUUGGAAAGAUGCUUUCAAGACCAAGCAACAGUCGCCAUACAUGGUUCAUCAUCAACCAUCAUCCGCUGUACAUGAUGUACAUUUUGUUCCGUAUGAUGAUGUUCUUGGACUUGGACAUGGAAAGGGCAUUUCCAGUAUGGUUGUGCCAGGUGCUGGAGAACCUAACUAUGACAGUUUGGAGGCCAAUGUGUUCCAGACCAAGAAGCAGAGACAAGAAAUGGAAGUUCAUAGUCUUUUGGAUAAGUUGCAACCUCAUAUGAUUACCCUGGAUCCUACUGUGGUCGGCAAAAUGGAUCGGGCUAGCAAAGAUGUGAUAUCAAAGGAGCGACAGGAGGAAUACGACGAGGCACAUCCCAAGGGGCCAAUCCAACUCCGUAACAAGGCGCGUGGCAAGAACUCCUCCCUUAAAAGAUUCCUUCGCAAGAAGCAACACAACGUUGUUGAUCAAAGAAAGCUUGAUGCCAUGGCCAAGCUUGAAAAGGAGAAGCUCAUUCGGGUUAAGCGAGCACGAGGCGAGGUUGAAGAAGGCGAGAAGCCAUUCACAGCUUUGGACAUCUUUGCUGGCAAGAAAGCAAAGACCAACUAAUUUGUGUUUUGCUAGUUUUUUUGUAACCCAUUGCAUUUAGUCACACCGUUUUUCAUUCCCUCUCAACAACCAUUAGAAAUUGUAUUUGUACAUUAUUCAGUCAUUCCAAAAGAAAAAAAAAAAAGCCAUUGAGAACCAUUUUAAGUACGUCGAUCGGUAUC